AUGGAAGAAUUCUGGGACGAGUGUGUGAAGCGAGAUGGUUCCGAAUCGGGAGAUGAACAAGAGGUAGAAGGUGCCAAGAAGUCGACUGAUGAAGAAUCUCCCAAAAAGAAAUCUGACAAGGAACAGUCAAGAAGCCCUCGAUGGUCCUUAAACUUACAAAUUUUAAAAGAGACUCAAUUUUUGGAACUGGCCAAAAAAGAGAUUCAGGAAUUCUUUAAACUGAAUUUGGAAAAAGACACGAGGAUCCCGGUUAUUUCGGAUGCAUUUAAGGCUUUUUUUAGAGGAGUUGCGAUCAGAUACUCAAUGAAGAGGAAGAGAGAACAAAGGAAAGCCUAUAAUGAGCUUAUAACAAAAUUGAAGCACCUUGAGAGACAACAGAAAACUGGAAAUCCUAGGGAGGUGAAAGCCAGAAUUACCUUUAUCCAAUAUCAAAUAAAUACUCUUUUGGCGGAAGAAAUUGAGAAAAAAUUGAAAUGGGCAAGACAAAACUAUUUUGAGAAUGCUAACAAAGUGAGCAGAUGGUUGGCCUAUAGGCUGCGGAAGGAGAAGGAGAAGAAGAUCAUAAAAAUGUUGAAAAAUGAAGCUAAGGAGGAGGUGUUUCAAAAUUCCCAAAUGAAAGAAAUUAUUCAGAAUUUCUACCGGAACCUUUAUAAAAAGCAGAAAAUUGAAUUACCAAUCCAAGAAGAUUAUAUAAAGGGGGUAGAAGUGAAACAAUUAACAAGGGAACAGCAAACAAGUCUGGAGAAUCCUAUUUCAAUACAGGAAAUAGUUGACGCAAUUAGAACCCAAAAAAGUAACAAGACUCCAGGUCCGGACGGACUUCCGAUUGAGUUUUUUAGAGCUUUUGAAGACCUAUUAUUAUUGCCUUUUAAGAAGGUAGUUGAGAAUGUCUAUAACACGGGCGAGACUCCAGAUUCCUGGAAAGAUGCUUUAAUUACACUUAUUCACAAGGAAGAUACCGACCCUUCAGAAAUUAAAAAUUAUAGGCCAAUUUCGCUCUUGAACAGUGACUACAAGAUAUAUGCAGUCAUAUUAGCAAAUAGACUGAAAAAAGCAAUUCCUGGUUUAAUUCAUGAAGAUCAAACAGGUUUUGUUCCAGGUCGAUUAAUGAAUCAAAAUGUCAGGCUACUAUUGAAUGCGAUUGAAUAUUACAGAGAACACCCUGAUAAAGAAUUUGCCGCCAUCUUUGUGGAUGCCGAAAAGGCCUUUGACAAUGUUAAUUGGAACUUUAUUAAAGCGACAUUAACCGCAAUUGGUUGUGGAGAAAGGUACUCCAGAAUGGUUGAAGCGGUUUACUCGAAGCAGGUAGCAAAAGUGAGUUUUAAUGGAGUAAUGUCUGACUUAAUAGAGAACAAGUGCUUGCGUGACCCCCGCUGCCCGCUCCGCUGCUGCCGCCCAGUCAUGAUGGACGAAAAUCAGCUGGCCAGCGCUUGCAAGCCCAGUCCUGGGGGACGAGGAGCAGCUGGCCAGCGCUUGCGCUGCACCCGCCACUCGCGCUCCGCUGCUGCCGCGCCUAUCCGCGCCAAACCACAGUCGCACGUUCCUUGGCUCCCUCAGCCAGCGCUUGCAAGUUUGGUCCCCAAGUUCUAUCAGCACGUUCUGGCCUUGGUUUUUGCCAUCAAGGAGAUCAAUGAGGAUCCCUCAAUCUUACCCAACGUCUCCCUUGGAUUCCACAUUUAUGACAAUUACAAUAAUGCAUGGAUGACCUACCGCACCACUAUGGACCUUCUCUUCAAAUCACACACUUUCAUCCCCAACUAUGAGUGUGGCAUUCAGAAAGGUCUCAUAGGAAUCGUUGGUGGACUUGGUUUGGAUACCUCCUCGUAUGUGGCAGACCUUUCCAGCCUUUACAAGAUUCCACAGAUUUCUUACGGAUCAUUUGAAUCAGCACCAAAGGAUCAAACAAAUUUCCCUCCUUUUUACCGUAUGGUAGCCAAUGAGGCCCUUCAGUACAUAGGAAUUGUCCAGCUACUUCUGCAUUUCAGGUGGAAAUGGCUUGGGCUUUUCAUAAAGGAUGAUGAAAGUGGAGAACAUUUCUUGCAGACAUUGGAGCCGAAGCUUUCCAAGAAUGGAAUCUGUACAGCUUUCAUAAUAAGGAAUCAAGUAAAUGUGCAUUUUGAUAGUAUAUUACACGUGCUCCAAGACUCUUACAUUAGUAGUUCAGAUUUAGUAAAAAGUACAGCCAAGGUAGUUGUUGUCUAUGGAGAGACAGCCACCAUUAUUCGGCUGGCAUGGAUUAUAUGGAUGCCUUUUGUAAUGGCACCAGUACCCGAGUCACAGUAUUUGGAGAAGACCUCUUCAGGAAAGGUAUGGAUUGUGACUGCCCAGAUUGAUUUCGUUUUCAAUAUAUUACAAAAGACUUUUGAUAUACAAAUGUUCCAUGGUGCUCUUUCCUUCACAAUUCAGAAAAAUAAGAUCCCAGGUUUCCAAAUAUUUCUUCAGAGUAUCAAUCCUGUUUUGGCAAACAUGAAUGGUUUUAUCAAAGACUUCUGGGAACAAGUAUUCCAUUGUUCAUUUUUGGAUUCCAUUGACACAACCGACUUUGAUGAAAUGUGUACUGGAGAUGAGAGAGUGGAAAGUGUUCCUGCAUCUUAUUUUGAAAUGAGUAUGACUGGCCACAGCUACAGUAUCUAUAAUGCUGUCUACGCUCUGGCACAUGCAUUACAUAUGAGGGACACAUCAAGAACCAGGCACAGAGCAAUUAAAUAUGGGGACAGAUUGAGUACUCUAAAUUUGGAGACCUGGAAGAUUCACUCGUUCCUUCAGAAAGUCUCUUUUAACAACAGUGCUGGAGAUGAAAUUCAGUUUAAUGAGGAUGGGGAACUAGAAGCUGGUUUUGAUUUGAAAAACUUGAUUACUUUCCCAAAUAAGUCCUAUACCCAAGUGAAAGUUGGAAAACUGGAUCUUCAGGCUCCUCCAGGAAAAGAGCUCACCAUGGAUGAGGACAAAAUCGAGUGGCACAAAGUCCUCACUCAGGUUCCUCCCAUUUCUCUGUGCAAUGACUUCUGCCUUCCGGGCAAGAGUAGGAAAAAGAAGGAGGGGGAGAAAUUUUGCUGUUAUGAUUGUGUUCCGUGUCCAGAAGGGAAGAUAUCAAACCAAGAAGACAUGGAUUACUGUAUCCCUUGCCAAGAAGAUCACUAUCCAAAUAAGGGACAAAAUCAAUGCGUUCCUAAGAUUACACGUUUUCUAUCCACAAAAGAAAAUUUGGGGAUAAUUUUAGUUUUUUUGGCUCUUUUCUUUUCUUUGAUCACGGCUCUGGUGCUCCUCAUCUUCCUUAAGUACCAGGACACUCCCAUAGUCAAAGCCAACAACAGAAGCCUCACCUACAUCCUACUUGUCUCUCUCCUUCUUUGCUUCCUCUCUUCACUGCUCUUCAUUGGACAGCCUAACAAGGUGACCUGCCUCUUCCGACAAGCAGCUUUUGGCACCAUCUUCUCAGUGGCUGUUUCUUCUGUAUUGGCAAAAACCAUUAUCGUUGUGGUGGCUUUCAUGGCUUCUAGACCAGGAAUCAUUUUCAGAAACUGGAUGGGGAAAAGACUGGCACAUUUGAUUGUCUUUGUAUGCUCUCUCUUUCAAGUAAUCAUCUGCGUUAUGUGGCUGAGUUCUUCUCCUCCAUUCCCAGAUUUGGACAUGAAGUCACUUACUGGAGAGAUCAUAAUAGAAUGUAAUGAAGGGUCAGUCAUCAUGUUUUAUUGUGUCUUGGGCUACAUGGGGUUCUUGGCCACUUUUAGCUUCACUAUGGCUUUUCUAGCCAGGAAGUUACCUGAUACUUUCAAUGAAGCCAAGUUCAUUACAUUCAGCAUGUUGGUCUUUUGCAGUGUUUGGCUCUCUUUUGUCCCAACCUACUUGAGUACAAGAGGGAAAGAUAUGGUGGCUGUGGAGAUCUUUUCCAUCUUGGGGUCCAGUGCUGGGUUACUGGGUUGCAUCUUUUUACCCAAAUGCUAUAUUAUUAUCCUGAGACCUGAUCUGAACAGCAGAGACCUUCUAAAAAGGAAUAAGAAUUAA